UAGAAAUCGUGAACCUCGGGGACCACGCGCGCUUGGAGAUCAUGGAAGCUGAGGUCAACAACCGAGUUUUCUUCCCAACACACUUGGAGGAAGCUCUCCGAGAAACGUUUCUGGAAGCAGACACCCAAGGAAGAGGUUAUGUGGAAUCAAAAAAUAUUGUAAAUGUUGUUCGUAAAGUUCUUGGUAUCUUCCUAACACACACAGAAAAAGCUAAAGUAAUAGCAAAAGCUGAAUAUCUGGCUACUAAAGGGCUGUUGAGCGUUGAGGACUUCUUCACUAUCAUGGCUGACACUCUGGUUGAGACAACACACUGGGGAAACCUAAAAACUGAAAUUGCAGGAUAUGUUGGGAUAGACACGUUACAGGAACAGAUCAGGAAGAAGGUCUUAAAACGAGGCUUUGAGUUUAACAUUAUGGUGGUUGGUAGAAGUGGACUAGGCAAGUCGACUCUCAUCAAUACUUUGUUUAAAGCUAACGUAAGUCUACGUUCUUGCUCAAAAAGUGAAGAGAAGGUUGAGAUUGCAAAGACUACGCACGUGAAAUCUGUUAGUCAUGUAAUUGAAGAGAAAGGUGUGAGGUUAAGAUUAACUGUCACAGAUACACCUGGUUUUGGAGACCAAAUCAAUAAUGAUAAGUGCUGGCUGCCAGUUCUGGAUUAUAUCAAUGAACAAUAUGAAAACUAUUUAAGUGAAGAACAAAGUGUAUCUCGUAAAAAACAUAUUCCUGACACACGUAUUCAUUGCUGUUUAUACUUCAUAGCUCCAACAGGACAUUCGCUUUCACCACUCGAUAUAGAAUUUAUGAGAAGAUUAGACAGGUGUGUGAAUAUUGUGCCAGUCAUAGCUAAGGCUGAUACUCUGACUGUUGAAGAAAGAACUGAUUUCAAACAAAGGGAAAUGCUACCAUUUGCUGUAGUUGGAAGUAACCAACAGUAUCCAGUCAACGGAAGGACUGUGUAUGGACGAAGGACACAGUGGGGUCUUGUAGAGGUGGAGAACAAAGGUCACUGUGAGUUCUCAGACCUUAGGGAUAUGCUUAUAAGGACACACAUGCAAGACCUAGUGGAAGUAACUCGAUCUGUUCACUACGAAAACUUCCGACAUGAACGUCUGGCCUCACGACGAGGACGCACCCAAAUCAAUGGACAAGUUAUAGACAUGGACAGCAUGAAUGAAAGUAGUCUUUAAGUUGACCAAAUACUACCUAAUAAUCCCAGAUAAAACUCCUGUUAGCAGAACAAGUGGUUGAUUUUAACAUGUUUGUAGCAGACAUGGAAAACUUGGGGGGGGGGGUUAGCCAUAAACAUUAUGCAUUUGACAAGACAUGAUGAUUCAUAUUAAAACUUUAAAACUCAUCUCUUCGUGUCAUAUAUAUAUAUAUUAUUAAACUUUUUUUUUGCUGUUUUUUAAAGGUUUAAUAUCUUUUAAUUGUUUUGUUUUUAUAAUUUCAUCUGAAAAUCCUAAUGAUGCAUUGUAAUGCUGUUUCAUUUAAGUUUUAUUGUAUAGAUGCCAAGCUGUUUAUGAUCCAAGUGUUUCAGUUGGUGGACGUUACUUAGAAUCUCGAAGUAGUAUAGUAUUUUAACAUGUUGACGAAAAUUAAUAAAUCCUGUAUUUAUUGUACUAUCUGAAUUAUAUUGUUUUUAUUAAUAUUGAUGUGUUAUGAAUUACCCAAAUGUGCACACUUGUUAUAAGAGUGAUGUUAACUAAAACAAAAACCUUAAAUACCUUCGAGGGGUACAUAUAUAUAUUAUGAAAUUUCUUGUAUCGUAUUUUCCAUGCAUGUAACAUCAUGUGCUCCGUCAUCCAUUUUCAAACAUCUACACACCAUUUCAGUUUCAUGUUGUGCCUUCCGUGGAUUAUUUACUCGUAUGUACGUACGUUUUUACCAUUUUCACUGGAUCAUUAUUGUUUUAAUACCUACUAGUAAAGUUUGUAAAGACGAAUCACAUUUUAAAUUUUUUUUAUAGGAUCCUUUUUUCUUAUAAUAACUAUAACAGUUUUUAUGUGGAGGAGAUUCUUCAUAUUUUUUUCCUUUUUGAAAUAUAUAUAUAUCACUGGGUUUUCGUAUGUGCAACACUAAGAGGUAAAUUUGAAAACCUUUAAAAAAAAGUUUAAUUGAUAUGAUGCAUAUUAAUCUCAUUUAAACAUUCUGAUGGAAUAAUGAUAAAAAUGAUGUUAGGGAAAGUUGACAAACUAUGGUACCGUAUUAUUUAACUUGGAAGAUUAAAGCUAAUUAUUAUGUUCAUAUUUCUUACAAGAUUGAAUUACGAAAGUUAGUUUCCUGAUUAGGAGAAACUGUUUUUUUGUAAACUUUCUUCUUUAUGAUAUCCCAGUGCUUAAAUAAAACAAAUCUGAGUCUU